AUGUCUGAGACACCCGUUGCAGAGCCAGCGCCAGCACCCGCUGCUGCAGUAGUACCACCCCAAGAAGGUGCACCUGCAACACCAAAUGGCGACGCCACAGACGGGCCCAAAAAGCUCUCACCAGCGGAGUUGAAAAAGCAAAGGGCGGCCGAGAAGCAAGCAAAGCGAGCCCAAGCCAAGGCUGCGGCUGGUGCACCAAACCAACAGCAAGGACCUCCAAAGGACACCCAGAAACAGCAAAAAGACUCGAAGCAGACACCAAAAGACGACAAGUCAAGACCACAGCCACCAUGGCGGCGCUCAUCGCAAGCCGUACCAGUCGUGAAAGACCCAGAGAGAAAGACGAAGAAAGAGAAGGAACCAAAACAGACUGGUCUGUUCUUUGGUCAUCUCUACAGCCAGCCGAAGCAGCAGUCUCUUGUCGGCGCGUCAAAAGAUGUACAUCCUGCGGUUCUGGCGCUGGGCCUACAGUAUAGCAGCUACGCCAUAUGUGGUAGCACGGCACGUAUGGUGGCCAUGCUCUUGGUAUUCAAGACAGUGAUCGAGGCCUAUCAAACACCCCCAGGAAACAGUUUGGCCCGGCAUCUAACCAGCCAUCACCUUGGUCCUCAGAUCGAGUUUCUGAAGAGCUGUCGACCGCUCAGCAUCAGUAUGGGAAACGCAAUCCGGUGGCUCAAGGAUAUCAUCAUCAAGAUAGAUCCUUCAACUCCGGAGAAUGAGGCAAAGCGAGACCUGAUUGAGGAGAUCGACAUAUUCAUCCGCGAACGUGUCACAGCUGCUGACCGGCUCAUUCGUGACCUGGCAGCUACCAAGAUCCAAGCUGGUGAUGUCAUCCUGAUCUACGCGGCAUCUUCGAUUGUCGAACAGACCAUCAUACAUGCUCACCAGUCCGGCAAACCCUUCUCAGUCAUCGUCGUGGACUCAAAGCCAUUAUUCGAGGGCAAGCAGCUAGCUCGGAAACUCGCAAACCACGGCAUCUCAGUACGCUACUAUCUCAUCACAGGAGCUUCGCAUGCUGUUAAGGACGCGACGAAGGUCUUCCUGGGUGCUCACGCGAUGAUGUCGAACGGCCGCCUCUACUCGCGCGUUGGCACAGCUCUGGUUUCCAUGCUUGCCUACUCUCACUCGUUGCCCGUCAUCGUACUCUGUCAAUCAGUGAAGUUCACUGAGAAGGUAGCGCUGGACUCCAUCGUCGGAAACGAAGUCGCCCCUGCCGAGGAAAUCCUCUCCGAGGCUGAGCGCCGCGAGCUCCUUCCUCUCAAGUCACGAUUUACGGCUUCAAAGAGCGACGACAAGUCGUCAUCAGAGGAGGCACCUGCCGAUACCACAGACGUUCUGAAAUGGAUUGACGAUGCAAAGAACCUGCACCAUCUCCAAGUGCUCUACGACGUCACGCCCGCGCAGUACAUCAACAUGGUCAUCACCGAAUACGGCAGCUUGCCACCAAGCUCGGUCCCCGUGGUCCACCGACUGAGUACGAACAUAUAA